CCAAAGAACAAAAAAUUUAACAGGGAAAUGCCAACUUAGCCCUGUUUUUACCUAUAUAAGUAACAAGAAGCAUUGGAUGGAAGACAUUUAUUGAAGAGAUAUGGGGAAUGCACAGGAGAAAAUAUAUAGUGGACAAACAACUAGUAACAAUGCAUCGGAGAAACCAACCGAAGGAGGGCCUUCUUCUACUGCAGCUCCCUCUGAUAAUCAGAAGCCUGUGCAGACGUAUGGCGAUGGAAAGUCCAAAUGGUGUAUGGUGUAUGCAAAGGCUCUCGAUAUCACUUGGUCUGGAGACACUCGUUACUGGCGAUGGGCCAAAGAAACUAGUGGUGACAACUUUGAAGCUGCUGAACUGUUAAAUGUGUGUUGGCUAGAAGUGCGUGGAAAACUUGCGACCACAGACCUCUCACCAGGAACUCUGUAUGAAGUUGUAUUUGUGGUCAAGAUGAAAACUGAAGCUGAUGGAUGGGAUGCUCCAGUGAAUUUCAAAUUCACUUCCCCAGAUGGUGCAUUAACAAGGAAUACGACAUUUAAAUUGAGGGAGAUUUUGAAGGAUAGUAAAGAUCAAUGGAAAGAUAUUCCGUUUGGUGAGUUUAAAGCACCCGAAAAUCCUAGGAAUAUCGAGUUUUCGCUGUAUGAAUAUAGUAGGAUAUGGAAGAGCGGACUUGUUAUCAAGGGUGUUGCCGUUCGACCAAAGAGUUAAGUUGCAGAAUAUUAUUGUAAUAACUAGUUGGCAUAUGAGCCGACAGAUGAUGAUUUGCAUAACUAAGAAAUGAUAAUUAAGAACAGAAUAAUGAAGCACUUAUCCAAUCUCCCAAUCAAGUUGUUAUCAAGGAGAUUUUGAAUGAUAAUUUAGUUGUAUCAUUAUUAUGUACUAUAUAGUUGAUUAAAUCACUCAAUCUCAAUCUCCAAAUGAUUUUGUUUAUGAAC